GCCGCCAUUAGACAAUAGGCGCCGGCGGCGGGAGCGGAGCGGGGCGAGCGGCGCGGCCGAGGCGGGGCGGCCGCGGGCCCGGGGGCGGCCGGGCGGGCCCGGUGCGGACAAAGGCGGCGGUGCGGGGAGCCGCGGCGGGCUCGGGAGCAGCAGCAGGAGCAGGCGGCGGCACCACCAGCAGCAGCACCGGGCCGCUCCGUGCGGGGACCGAGCCGCAGCUUGACAUGAUGUUUCCACAAAGCCGGCACUCGGGCUCCUCUCACCUGCCGCAGCAGCUGAAGUUCACGACCUCUGACUCCUGCGACCGCAUCAAGGACGAGUUCCAGCUGCUGCAGGCCCAGUACCACAGCUUGAAGUUGGAAUGUGACAAACUAGCCAGUGAGAAAUCGGAGAUGCAGCGUCACUACGUCAUGUACUAUGAGAUGUCCUACGGGCUGAAUAUUGAAAUGCACAAACAGGCUGAAAUCGUCAAGAGGCUAAAUGGGAUUUGUGCACAGGUUCUGCCCUACCUUUCUCAAGAGCAUCAGCAGCAAGUGCUGGGAGCCAUCGAGAGAGCCAAGCAGGUCACGGCGCCAGAACUGAACUCCAUCAUCCGUCAGCUUCAAGCUCACCAACUGUCACAGCUCCAAGCCCUUGCCCUGCCUCUGACUCCUCUCCCCGUGGGCCUGCAGCCCCCCUCCCUCCCCGCGGUCAGCGCCGGCUCCGGGCUCCUCUCGCUCUCGGCCCUGGGCUCCCAGGCUCACCUCUCCAAGGAGGACAAGAACGGCCACGAUGGGGAUGCUCACCAAGAUGAUGAUGGGGAGAAAUCAGAUUAAAGUGGAUGGAGGGGCUGGGGUUGGUUGGG